AUGGAGGAAGAGAUGGACAUAGACGUGGUUGCAGAUGAGAACGGGGAGCAGAUAAAUUCUGAACAAGACGUCCCAAGCCGUGCAGUCGACGAACCUUUAGAGGACGAUGAUGACGAUCGGACGUAUAGUGCUUCUUCAAAUGGGUCGUCCUACGCUGAAGACGAGGAUGGCGUUCCAGUGGUUGCGCUCAAAAAGAAGAGUUUCAACCCGACUCCAGCUGUGCACGCUGCGCCUGCGGAGUUACCCUCCAAUACACGACUGAAGAUUAAAGUGAACAAACUCUUUGUCACAGCAGAGUGGAAAUGGAUUGAAGGAGGCGAUGACACUUGUGGAAUCUGUCGGAUGCCUUUUGAGGCAUGCUGUGUGGAUUGCAAAUGUCCAGGCGACGAAUGUCCUCUAGUGCUCGGCCAGUGUAAACAUCCCUUCCAUAUGCACUGCAUCGUAAAAUGGACUGACGCACAAAACACACCUAAACCGCAGUGUCCGCUCUGCCGACAGGAAUGGAAAUUCGCUGACUGA